AUGACUGCAAUUUUAGAGAGAGGCGAUAGCGAAAACCUAUGGGGUCGCUUCUGUAACUGGAUAACCAGCACUGAAAACCGUCUUUACAUUGGAUGGUUUUGUGUUUUGAUGAUCCCUACCUUAUUGACCGCAACUUCUGUAUUUAUUAUCGCUUUCAUCGCAGCUCCUCCAGUAGAUAUUGAUGGUAUUCGUGAGCCUGUUUCUGGAUCUCUACUUUACGGAAACAAUAUUAUUUCUGGUGCCAUUAUUCCUACUUCUGCGGCUAUCGGUUUGCACUUUUACCCAAUAUGGGAAGCUGCAUCCGUUGAUGAAUGGUUAUACAACGACGAUCGAUAUAACAUCUUUUUUUUUUUUUUGAAUCACAUGUCGUAA